AUGAAUUCUAAGGCAAGCGACGAUCGAUACAGAACUCAGGACGGGCUUCCUCCUGCCGAGCCCAUCAAGUCCGUCACACAAUCUAAUCUUGAUGCCGCCGACCUCACAACAUUUGGCCAUGAGCAAGAACUUUCCCGGAAAUUCAGUGCGGUCUCCAUAUUCGCUUUGGCCUUCACCGUCCUAGGCACCUGGUCCACCUUCGCCCAAGGUCUUAGCAGCGGCCUCAAUAAUGGCGGCCCUGUCGCAAUUCUUUGGGGCCUCAUGCUCGUUGGCGUGUGCAACAUUUGUGUUGCUCUGUCACUGGGAGAGCUGCUUUCCAGUAUGCCUACCUCACUCGGCCAAGCGUAUUUUGUCUUCGCGCUGUGGCAGGGAAGAGUUGGGCGGGCAAGCAGCUAUAUGUGUGCCUGGGUGAACACCUUUGGCUGGUGGUGCCUCGCUGCCAGCCAAAUCGCCUUCAUGACGGAUUUUUUGCUCGCCAUGAAGACCAUGUUUGAUCCGGAAUGGGACGGCGCGUCCAAAGGCUGGGUUCAGUUUCUGAUCUACGUUGGCAUCACCUUCACCUUCACCCUUCUCAAUGCCGUGGCCUGCCGCAGGGACAGUAUUUUGCCCAUCUUCAAUGAUUUUGUCGGCAUAACCUUCACGUUGCUGUUCGUGGUCUUUAUUCUCGCUCUCUUGAUUGUCACGGGGGUCAAGCCCAAUUUGAAUUUCCAAGACGCAUCGGUCGUCUUCGGCAAAUGGAUCAAUGAGACGGGUUGGCCGGAUGGUGUGGUGUGGUUUACAGGCUUGGUGCAAAGCGCUUACGGAUUGACCGCCUUCGAUUCUUUGAUUCAUUUUUCCGACGAGCUGGACAAUCCUCGUCGCACCGGGCCCAAGAUCAUGUGGCUGUCCGUUGCCAUGGGCUGGGCAUCAGGCUGGGUUUUUAUGCUGGUGUGCCUGUUCUGCAUCCAAGACUGGGAGGCGUUGGCCAAUUCCGACGACAUCCCCUUCAUCCCCAUCGUAACUGGCGCUCUUGGACGCAAUGGCGGCGCAGUGUUGAUUGCCGUCUUCAUUAUGAAUGGCCUGUGUCAGGGUGCAAGCAUCGUAACCACCGCCUCACGUUUGACUUGGGCUUUUGCUCGUGACGGAGGGCUCCCCUUCAGCAAUUUUCUCAAGCACGUCAACCCCUUUUGGAAGGCGCCUGUACGUGCAAUAUGGACCCAAGGGGUCAUCAUUGGUCUUGUCGGCGUGCUCUACCUCUUCUCUGACACCACUCUCCAGGCGAUUCUCAGUGUGAGCACCAUCGCCCUCACUAUUUCGUACGCCAUGCCUAUUGUCACCUUGCUCGCCGUUGGUCGCAACCAUCUUUCUCCCGGUCCGUUUCAGCUAGGCCGCCUAGGUACCGCUAUAAACGUGGUCAGUAUCAUCUACUGCGUGAUUACCACAGUCAUGUUCUUCUUCCCCGGGUCACCCAACCCAUCUACCGCUGACAUGAAUUACGCGAUUGCUGUUUUUGGGGUGAUGAUGAUAAUAUCCACUGCAUUCUGGUUCUUGCGCGGCAACACGCAGUUCCUGGUAUCCGAAGGUGUGAUAGUGGGAGUAAGGAAAAGGGAGCAACAGUUGAAAGACAAUCAUUCUGAGGCUAUGCACCGGACCCAGUAUGAGUUGAAGCCUGGAGCCGGUGAGCCAGAAAGGACACAUGCUCGAUAG